UAUAUCCCGGCCCUCGGUUCAGAUCAGAUUCAACCCUGUCCUCAUCGAUGGGGUCGAAAAACGGGAAAGUGCUAUUACGGCACGAAAACGACGUUGAUACCAAAGAUUGAAACUAUACAAAUUCUAGAUAUGCCCGACCUGCAGCUUAUACGGGGUUGAAGCCCACUAUUCUUUUUAGAAAAGAUCUUCACUCAUAUAAUCUUACGUCAAUUUGUACUGUAUUGCUAACGAAACGUUCUGGUUCUUGAAUCCUUCGAUCUUUCUGCCGCAUACAGAGCAGGCAUCCGUCUAUCUGGACAUUGGCCGAGAUGAUCUUCCAUAUCAGCCAGCCACAAAGACACAACUAUGUUCAUUCAGUUGAAGUUACCAGCCUUUCUUCGCCUCAAAGUACGUCAAUAAUCCCGAAUGUUUGCAUGCCAUCAAUACCGUAAUUGGCUGAAUGGAACGAUCUUCACCUAAUUUCUGGGACGAAUAUCCAGUAUUUUUAUGCCCAAAGCUUUAAGAGAUUGACUCCAUUAGGAAGUGAUCAGGUAUUUCGGGGCCGCCUGGAAAAUAGGAAGAUUAACCCGAUGCAAAUGCAGCUUUAUGCAACUCUAUGCAGCUCCUGACUAAAAAUUCCCAUGUUUAUGUCGAUCCUAACACCAGAGCCAAGGCUAUGGGACUUGUAUUGCCUCUGUACCAUGACCCUUGAAGUUCGCCAGUUUAUUCUUGUUUUUGCUGUUGUGUUACAUUCAAUAUUUUGUCGAAACGUCUUUGCCCUUCCCCAUUCGCUAUUUUGAUUGUUUAUAACUUCGAGCUCUGAACACAAGACAUUCAGAUUCUGCAAAAUUGCGAGUAUUGGGAGAAAUUGUACAUAGAAUAUUGCAAUAGUAAGUAAACAAACCAUUUGAGAGUAUUCCAAUUACUUAUGCUCAUAUUACAUAGAUAUCUUGGCGAUAUUCAAAAACCAUAACGACCCCGAAUUGCCUUAACGAAGCAGGCUCUCGGAAGAUAUACUUUCUUCCACCGAACUACGCAGAAACACUAGAUUUCGACAUGGAUAAACCUCAAGUGGACGUGGCAGGCUCCUCAGAUGUGACUUCUCCCACGUUCAGUGUAAGUGACCUUGAAAGUGUAAGAGGCUGGAGCAAACCUUUGGAGGAAAUCAAGAGAUGUGUUCAUGAUGCAGUGCACGACCAAGUCGUUGCACAACCGGAUGCAGAAGCAAUCUGCGCUCACGAUGGCAUACUCUCGUAUCGUGAACUCGACAAUCUUUCUACCAGAAUCGCUUGUAGCCUUAUCCAACAACAUGGAAUCAAGCCUGGAAUGCUAGUGCCUCUGGUAUUCGAUAAAUCAAAGUAUAAUAUCGUCGCUAUGUUGAGUGUUCUAAAAUGCGGGGCAGUAAUGUAAAAAGCCCAUCCACCACCGCUUGAAAUGGAGACUAACGUAGAGGGUUUUAGUGUACCCUUGGACCCGUCAGCACCUCUGGCUCGUCUUGAAAAUCUCUUCGGCAAAGUUAAGGGGACAAUCAUCUUAUGCUCAAGAGCACACGAGGAAAGAUUGGCUGCCAUCGCAGCUGCUAUACUGCCGGUUGAUGAUGAGUCGAUAUCUCAGGUUUCGGUUAAUUCCAAUCAAACCUUGCCAACUUUCAAUAGCGAAAGCCAAUGUUAUUUGAUAUUUACAAGUGGCACUACUGGCGAGCCAAAGGGAACUCUAAUUUCCCACAGUGCCUUCUUAACCUCAGCCACAGUUUAUGGAACAAAGAUGUUCAUGCAUUCCGGAUCGAGAGUCUUGAAUUUUGCAGCACAUACCUUGUAAGCUUACCCACAUAAAAAUGGUAGGCUGAGCUAAUGAUCUUCUAGCGACGCAAGUAUCCUCGAGAUUUUGACCCCUCUCAUGCUUGGAGGGUGUGUAUGCAUUCCAGAUGAAUACACAAGACUCAACAAUAUAGUCUCGGCAAUUCAAACUAUGCGGAUCAACUGGGCGUUGCUUACUCCUUCAUUCGUCAACUUUUUCUCCCCACGCGAUGUGCCCUCUAUAAAGACAUUAGUUCUUGGCGGAGAAGCAAUGAGCAAGAGCCAUGUCACAACCUGGGCUCCGCGUCUUCGCUUGUAAGGCAACACCAAUCUAGCAUCAUUUCUUCAAGGGCUCACACUGACUUAUCUCAGAAUUAAUGCCUAUGGACCUACGGAAACUUCCGUGGUCGCUGUAUGCAACAAUAACAUCACUGUGGCGACUCAUCCUUCAUAUAUUGGAGCUCCAUUGGCUCCUGUUUUUGUGACGGACCCAUCCAACCACGAUUGCCUGCUUCCAGUAGGAGAAAUCGGGGAGCUCCUAAUUCAUGGACCGACGCUUGGUUGUUAUCUUGAUAACCCAGAAAAGAAUGCGGAGUCUUUUAUUGCAAACCCCGCAUGGCUUUCGCAAGUCAUGCCUGCCAGUAAUAAAAUGCAUCGUCUUUACAAAACCGGAGAUCUUGUGAAACAGAAUCAGGACGGCACCCUCCAAUUUAUAGGACGAAAAGACAACCAGAUCAAGGUACAUGGCCAAAGAGUAGAAAUAGGCGAAAUCGAACAUCACGUCAAUCUGACUGAAUGCGUCAAACAUGGUCUUGUUGUUUUCCCCAAGGUUGGCCAUUUCAAGGAUCGUUUAGUAGCUAUGAUUUCUUUGAAAGAAGCCAACCUUGGAAAUUAUCAUUCGGGGUCCAUUGAGGUCGCCGAAUCUCAGACCGAAUCCGACUUGGCCAGGAAGCAUCUUGCAAAAUCCGUUCCGUCAUACCUGGUACCCUCUGUGUGGUUGACUGUCCAAUCGAUUCCCCUACUACCCUCUGGCAAGUUGGAUAGGAAAAAGGUUGUACAGUGGUUCGAAAACCUCAGUCAGGACGCUUAUCGUCAAAUUGUCAAGUUGAUUGACCUGGAAAGUCAUGUAGUUACCGAUGAAAGACCCGCAACUGAGAUGGAAGCAAUAUUGCGAGCCUCAUGGAGUCGAGUGCUGAAUCUCGAAGAGAACCAAGUAAGCCUGAGCCGCUCGUUCCUCAGCUUGGGAGGAGAUUCCAUCAGCGCCAUGGGCGUUAUGGGAUACUGUGCAAAGAGAAAUGUCAGUUUGACAGUUCAGGAUCUUCUGCGUGCAAAAUCAAUCAAGGAGCUCGCGAGGCGAGCCAAGGUUGAUGGCCACGUGACUUACGAGGAAGAGACGAUUGAGACACCCUUUGAUCUAUCACCAAUCCAGACGAUGUUUUUCAAGAGGCCAAAUUAUGGAGCUGGGCAUUUCAAUCAAAGCUUUUUGCUGCGCGUAACAUCGGUCAUUGGUGUAAGUGUACCCAAGUCAGCAGACUUUUCUCCCUUUAGUUUACCGAGAGCAGUGGAGCUAACCUCUACAGGAAAAAAACCUCCGCUCCGCAAUUGAAAUGAUUGUUGAGCGACACUCUAUGCUCAGAUCUCGAUUUUCAGUGCCCACAUCGGGUGAAUCUAUUCAACAACGAGUCACAGCAAAUGUUUCUGGCUCUUAUCGGAUGAGAUGCCACCGGAUUGCAACACAAGAUGAAACCACUCCCUUUAUUGCCGAUAGCCAAAAGUGCCUUGAUCCUUUCGUUGGACCACUAUUUAGCGCAGACCUCUUUGAUCUUGAUAGUGGGGAGCAGCUAGUUUUCUUGGUUUGUCACCACCUGGUAAGUUAUGAUGUAGUUUAUCCUUUCCGCUUUCUGGGCGUUUGCCGGGGCUCAAAAAAUUGCUUUCUCUCAAAUCUCUCAAGAUGUCUUGAUUCCUUUUGAUCCCGACUCGAAACUCCUAGCAUCCUCAAAAGGUCAAGGCUGACUCCGAGUUUCUCCUCAGAUUAUUGAUCUCGUUAGUUGGAGAAUCAUCCUCGAGGAAAUACAAGAAUUACUUCUCCACCCAUGCCAAGUAUCUUUGGGCGACAAACCUCUUGCUUUCCAAACAUGGGCUCAACUACAAGCUGAACAAGCGUCAACUUGGGAUCUGGACAAGGUUCUACCAUCUCAAAUGCCUGCAGGCGAUGCUGCAUUCUGGGGAAUGGAAGAUCAACUCGACACAUACGGGAAUGUUAUUUGCGAAGGAUUUGAGAUUGACGCUGAAACUACCUCGACGAUGUUGACAGAAUGCCACUCAACACUCAACACAGAACCAAUUGAUAUUCUGAUUUCCGCACUCAUUUAUUCCUUUGGCCAAUGUUUUGAUGAUCGCCCAGUUCCGCCAAUUUUUACAGAGGGUCAUGGUCGUGAACCUGCAGGCUUGGACGUCAACCUGUCACGUACAGUCGGGUGGUUUACGACCAUGUAUCCUGUAAAAGUUUCCGCAUCGUCUGAGCCAAUCGAAAUUGUACGACAAGUGAAGGAUUACCGGCGUCGUGUGCCUGAUAAUGGCCGACCUUAUUUCGCAGCCAGAUGCUUGAGUACUGCUGGCAAGGAGGAGUUUGGUCAUCACUGGCCUUCAGAAGUGACGUUCAACUAUUUGGGUCAAUACCAGCAACUUGAACGCCAUGACGCUCUACUGAAAUCUAUCGACGAGUUGGCCGGAGAAGCUCGCGGUGCAGGCGAAAGUGGGGUCGCAGACGUUGGAAUAAACACACCCCGAUUUGGUCUCUUUGAGAUAUCGGCCGUCAUCGUUCAAGGGAAACUUCGGUUCUCAUUUACUUUUAGCCGAGCAAUCCACCAUCAAGAGAGAAUUGGGCGUUGGAUAACCGAGUGCAGUCGAGCUGUAGGCGUUAUUGCAAAUAGCUUGAUGCAAAUGCAGGCACAAGCUACACCCACAGACUUUCCAUUACUCUCACUUACAUACGAAGAUCUGAGUAAGCUGAACGAAGAAGUCCUACCACGGCUCGGAAUAUCCAACAUGAAUGAAGUUGAUGGAUUGUUCCCUGCCUCAAGCAUGCAAACGGGUCUCUUAUUGGCUCAGACAAAAGAUUCAGGAUUCUACCAGGACCAGGUGAUAUGCAAAUUGCAACCGCAUACAGGAAACAAUGCAGACCCGGCCAAGCUGGCAUUGGCAUGGCAGAAUGUUGUUGAUAGGCAUUCUUCGCUUCGAUGUAUAUUGAUCGAAGCUGUCGGUACCAGUGAUGGGGUUUAUAACCAAAUCGUUCUCAAACACCAUAUCGCAGAUAUCGUUCAUAUCCAAUGCGACGACCAAAAUGCUGCACUUGCUAUGCUUCACGAACCAGUCGGCGGAAACUUUCGCCACAAUGCACCUCCCCAUAGGUUUACAAUAUGCCAAACAUCGGAGGGGGAAGUCUUCUUCAAGAUUAAUAUCAGCCAUACCAUAAUUGAUGGUAAAAGCAUUCAGCUAAUUCUUAGAGACCUGGCUCUCGCUUACGAAGGAACUUUACCCGAAGGCCAGGAGACACCACAUAGUGACUAUAUUAGUUACCUCCAAGGCUUAUCAAAUGCCCCCGGGCUUCAAUUCUGGAGCCGCUAUUUGGAGGGCGCAAUUCCUUGCGAAUUUCCACAUCUUAAUGAUGGCUUACCUGCUGUCACAAAGCAGCUACAUUCUGUUCAGUAUAGAAUCGAGUACGACCAAUUUUUGGAUCUACAGAAAUUCUGCGGAAUGAAAGGGCUCACUUUCUCUACUCUGCUGAAUACUGCUUGGGCACUAACGCUACGUCUUAUGACUGGAUCCGAUGACGUUUCAUUUGGAUUCUUGUCGUCAGAUAGAACCCCAGAAUUUGUUGAUGCAAUUGGUAUCUUCAUCAAUAUGCUAGUUCAUCGGUCAAAAUUCUCAUCCGACAUGAAAAUUUACGAAAUUCUCUACAAGGUAAGACUCUCUGUGGUUCAUUUUCGAGUGUACAAGUGUACGAGAAUACUGUACCAAAAGUUCUUCAAAAUGCAGUCCUUGUUCCAGCUCAUUGGGAUAAUUGAUAUUUGCAACUUUCAAUUAGACCAAGGGAUUGGGGGAAUCAAAGUGAUCCUUCAGAUGUUCUAGUGCAAAUUUCCGGGGUGUUCAGAUCCCUUGUUCAAGACUCAAGGGUUUGUACGGAAAGUAUGCUGACAUAAACUACCUUAGUUGCAAGCCGACUAUAUGGAAGGAUUACCGUUCCAUAACACAUCACUGGCUGAUGUCCAGCAUGCAUUACAUCUGUCGGGAAAGUCACUGUUUGACACAUCGCUAUCUUACCAAAGAUCGCAGCAUACCGACAAUGAAAUGAAUUCCGAGGUGAGUUUUCCUCUGGCAUGUCCAAUUUACGAUCCCACAGAAUUUACCAUCAAUCUCAACGUCGAGGCAAAAGAAAACCUGUUGGAGGUAGAUCUUGCCCACUGGACGGACAAGAUCUCGGAUGGCCAGGCUUCUAACAUCGGGAGCACGUUCCUCCAUAUACUGCGUACCAUUCCACAGCAGGCCGAAAUACCCCUUUCUUCGUUCAACUUUUUAAGCGAGCAUCAUCACAAGCAACUCAUGGACUGGAAUGAUUCAACACACGAGACCAUCAACGAAUGUGUGCACGAAGUCAUGGAACAGCAAGCGAGACAGCGACCAGAAGCUCCCGCCGUUUGCGCUUGGGACAGAGGCUUCACUUACGGCGAACUGGAUGAAGCAUCCAGCCUUUUGGCCGCUCAACUUGUUUCUCUCGAUGCUGGACCAGGCAAGUUUGUUGUAUCAUGCUUUGAAAAGAGUUCUUGGGCGGUGGUAGCUUUAAUGGCUACCUUAAAAAGCGGAGCGGCAGCUGUCACCCUCGACCCGAAGUUCCCAAAAUCGGCCCUUGAACAUCGAAUUCGAGAUGUGAACGCGCAAGUCAUUCUCACUUCCCCAUCGCUUGCUAAAACGUUCGAGGAAACCGUACCGCAUGUCGUCCAAGUAAGCCAGUCCUCACUCGACCAGUUAUUAUCAUUAUUGCAACCCCAGAAUAUUUCGAUUCGAUCCAAAGCGAAACCAACGGACCCAUUUUUCGUAAUCUAUACCUCUGGCUCUACAGGAAAGCCAAAAGGUGUGGUUCUUGAGCACAGAGCGUUUAUGUCUUCAAGUAACGUUUUUGGCUCUCUCCAAGGGAUUAACACCGAAUCGAGAGGUGAGUAAAAUCUAUAUUCAUUCUCCCUCGUUAUAUGAUAAACGCUGGCUCAGGAUAGAGUAUUCGAGUCUCAUUAACCUAGCAUUCUGGAGCAAUUAAGUCUACUUUGCCUAGUAGUCUAGAGUAUUGAGUUUAAUUAGCCCAGCAUGAUAGAGUAAUUGAUCCCGAUCAACCUGGCUGUCUGGAUAAAUUGGAAACAUUGUCCCAGUAUUAUAGAGUAAUUAAGUCCGAUUAAUCCGGCUUUUUGAACUGCACCGAUGUUUUAAUCUCUCCUCCUAAAAAUAGCUUCUUAUCCUCUCAACAUUACUCCAAAUGAUAUGGCAAUGCUGACUUUGAGAAGUACUUCAAUUCUCACAAUACACCUUCGACGUAUCUCUUGCAGAAAUAUUUACGACACUUACGAGAGGUGGUUGUGUCUGUGUCCCUUCAGAGCACGAGAGGUACAACGACCUGGCUGGUGCCAUUAACAGGUUGAGCGUAAACCAUCUUAAUCUCACACCAACUGUUGCAGGACUUCUACGACCAGAAGAAGUUCCAACUGUCAAAGCACUUUGUUUGGCUGGAGAGGCCACAACCGAGGAAAAUAUCGAAGUAUGGGGAAAGCUGGCUAGCUCUCUUUAUGGCCCGUCGGAAUGCUCGGUGCACAGUACUUAUAAUGGCGAUCUCACGAGAACCAACGAGCCAACAAACGUCGGACGGCCCACUUUCUCCAAUUGGAUCGUGGAUCCAAACAACCACAAUGCCCUCAGCCCUAUCGGGUGUAUUGGCGAAAUCUUGAUCGAGGGCCCAAUAUUGGCACGUGAAUAUUUGAACGAUCCGGUCAAGACUGCGAAUUCAUUCAUUGUUGCCCCAUCAUGGGCUGAAGAGAAUCGCCGAUUUUACAAGACCGGCGACCUUGGCCGCUUCAACUCGGACAAAACACUCACUUACGUAGGCCGCCAAGAUACUCAAGUGAAACUCAACGGCCAGAGAUUGGAGCUAGGAGAAGUUGAAUACCAUGUGAAGAGAAACCUCCCCUCAGAUAUGACUUCAUCAGUCGAGAUGAUCAAAACAGGAGGCAUCAAAGCACUUGCCGUCUUCCUAUGUAGCGCCACUCCCUCGCCUGCUGCCUUGAAAGAAGAGGAGCUCCUUCCUUUGUCAGAGUCGCUUCGGGAGAUUGUCGUAUCUUUGGAAGCUUCCUUGUCCAAGUUACUUCCGCCAUAUAUGGUGCCGUCUGUGUUCAUACCUAUCAAGUCCAUGCCACUGACACCCUCUGGAAAAUUGAACAGGCGGCAGCUCAGGAUCUGGUGCGAAUCCCUAUUGGAAACGCGUGUAUCUGAAUACAGGCUUGCGAAAAAGAGCAGCCGAGCUCCAUCAACCACGAUGGAGCUGAAACUUCAGGUGCUUUGGGAAAAGGUGCUAAAUCUGCCACCUGGAUCAAUUAGGGCAGAUGAUAACUUUUUCUCUAGUGGCGGCGACAGCUUAACUUGCAUGAAGCUUGUGGUAGCUGCUCGCAAAGAGGGGAUGAUUAUCUCGGUUGCGAACAUAUUCCAAAAACCCAUUUUGGCGGAUUUUGCGAAUGAUUUGUCUGCUCUUGACAUUGAUGACAAUGCCCAUCAACUCGCGGAGGACGUGGAGCGAUUCGCUCUAGUGCCCCCUGCAAAGGGUCUUACUGCUGUACUCACAGAAGUCGCCAGUAUAUGCGCCGUACCUUUGGAGCGCGUCGAAGAUAUAUAUCCUGCUUCUCCAUUGCAAGAAGGCCUCAUGUCAUUGACUGCCAAGAUACCUGGGGCAUAUGUCGCCCAAAACGUAUAUAGGCUCCCUAAAACCAUUAAUAUCGGGAUUUUCAAGGAGGCAUGGAAGCGGGUAUUCGACGAACCCAUUCUGAGAACAAGGCUGGUGCAUACUAAAGAACUCGGCUUUCUCCAAGUAGUACUUUACGACACUAUCACGUGGAAUAGUCUCUCUUCCAUCACGGAUCUCACGGAAAAUACAAGACAUUUACCAUCACGUGACGGUGGAGCCCUUUGCCAAUUCUCGCUUAUUGGCGAAAAUACAAGCGAGCCUCGCUUUGUGUUCACGGCCCACCAUGCUCUCUACGAUGGAUGGUCUCUCCCGCUCUUGUUUGGAAAGCUCAAAACCUGUUAUCACAAUAUCGACGCAGUUGUCACUACCAGUAUCCCCUACUCGAGAUUUAUUAAUUACCUUUUAAAUGUAGAUGUCACUGAAUCUAACAAAUUCUGGGAACGAAAUCUAUCAGAGAUAGCGGCGACAGCUUUCCCUGCGUUACCAAGCCCUACAUAUAACGUUCAAGCUACCAGUAGGAUAACUAAGCUUGUCGUGUCAAUGCCCCGAGUUACUGACUCUAGCAUCACCAUUCCCUCCACAAUUCGAGCAGCAUGGGCCGUGACCAUGUCAGUUUACUCCGGAACCCCAGAAGAUGUUAUCUUUGGCGAGAAUCUGACAGGACGUUUGGAUCACAUGACCGAUCAAAUGGCUGGUAAACUCAAGCAAUCCAUCUAAUUCGCUUCACACUAUAGCAACAUACACCGCUAACUAUCUUUCAGGUCCAACACUUGUGACUGUCCCCAUGCGAGUAAAAAUUGAUCCCAGAAACUCUGUUGAACAAUUCUUGGCGGAGGUCCAAGUUAAAUCUUCGGCAGUACUUCCAUUCCAGCAUGCUGGUCUGCAGAGUAUUAAACGUCUCAAUCGGGAUACUGCUAUUGCAUGCGAUUUCCAGAAUUUGCUCGUCAUCUCCACAACAACCAAUGAGUCGUCAGAUCUCUGUACCUUGGAGAGCAGUGGAACGGCACAUGAUACUUUUUCCUCCUAUCCUCUGACCAUAAUUUGUCAGAUAGUCGGAGACACCGUCGAAAUCGAGGUUCACUAUGACCAGAAGGUGAUUAGUGAUUGGUUAGUCGAUCGAGUUGUGGGCGAAUUUGAGUUUCUCCUUCAACGACUGAACUCAAAUGUCAUGAUGGAGGAAGAGAUUGGACAGAUUUCACUUAUGAAUCUGCAGGACCGAGCGACUAUCCAUGGCUGGAAUAGCAAACCACUCGAAUGGAGCCACAACUGCGUACAUGAUAUUUUUGAGUUACAGGUCGGCCUUCAACCAGUGGACAAAGCAGCUAUUCUCUCUCACGAUGGGACUUUUACAUACCAAGAACUCGAACGGGUCUCUACACGUCUUGCGCAGUAUAUCGUGGAACUCAAUCCACAAUGCGAGAUUAUUCCUGUAUGUUUCGAGAAGUCAGCAUUCGCCAUUAUAGCUAUGCUCGCAAGUAAGUACCCUCCAAAUUGAAAUUUCCAUCUUCGAGUCUUUGAGAGAUACGACACUGGUUACUAUUAAGGCAUUGUGCCCUCUCUCCUGUCUCGCUUAACGCCGUCUCGCUUAACGACGUCGCGCUUAACGACGUCUCGUUUAACGACUCCGAGUCCUCGUUGAAAUUAGGAAUGCUAACUUUAAGCUCGUCCACAGUUAUGAAAUCAGGCAAGGCAUUUGUUCCGCUGGAUCACACUGCCCCCAUAGCCCGACUUCGCGAUAUUCUUAACGAUACAAAGUCCGAUCUUGUUCUUUGCUCUGAGAGCCAAAUAGAUUUAUGUAAAGGUCUUGUUGACAAUAUAAUAAUCACCGACCAAGGGACAAUCGAAAGCCUAGGACCAUCCAAUAUCGGUUUGCCAAAGGUUUCACCCAGCAGCCCCGCAUAUUGCAUUUUCACCAGUGGAAGUACUGGUAAGCCAAAGUAAGUUCUGAAUGGACAUGAAGAGUGGCAAAUGUAGACUGGGUGGUGAAAUCAAUUAAUCCAGUAGUCUGGCGUGAUUGGAAUCAUUGAAUUCUUAAGAUGCACUCCCAUAAUGAUCUAUCUAGACCUGAAUGGUGGAUUUAUGGGCUAAUUACUAUCAAAGGGGAACAAUUAUCGAUCAUGAAGCGUUUUGUACGAGCGCUGCAGCUCAUGGCCCUGCGUUAUGCUUAGAAUCCACGUCUAGGGUGUUGCAAUUCGCUAAUUACACCUUUGAUGUAUCUCUAUUGGAGAUACUGACAUCUUUGACCAUUGGAGCCACAAUCUGUGUAAGUUGCGUCUUUUUCGCAUGAAAAGUCCUUCUAUAACUGGGGGCCACUCGGAAGGUUACUAAUUCGAUAUUUCAGGUUCCCUCAGAGCAUGAUCGAAUGAACAGUAUUGAGAAAUUCAUUGAAUCGUAUAGCAUUACGUGGACAGCCAUGACACCGACAAUGAGUAAAACUAUCUCUCCACUGGCUGUCCCUAGUCUCCGAACCCUUGCUCUAGGUGGCGAGAGUAUGUCUCCAGGCGAUAUCGAACGAUGGUCAAAUCACGUCAAUCUCAUCUCGGCUUAUGGCCCAUCGGAAGCAGCAAUAGCUACCUCCUGCAGAAACAACAUGACUGUCAAUUCCAACCCCACGAAUAUCGGAUUCGCAACUGGUUCUCGGUUAUGGGUUGCUGACGCAAAUAACCAGAAUCGGUUAGCUCCCCUUGCCUCUGUGGGCGAGCUUCUUAUCGAAGGUCCGCUAGCACGAGGAUAUCUAAACGAUGAAAGUAAAACAGCAGCUGCUUUCAUCGAAAAUCCUCUAUGGUCAAUCCCUGACGCCACGAAUUCUCUAGAUGCUAAGAGAAAGUUUUAUAAGACGGGUGAUUUGGUUCGAAUGGACUCAGAUGGGUCCCUACUCUUCUUCAAACGCAAAGAUACACAGAAGAAAGUCCAUGGCCAACGCCUUGAGCUUGGCGAGGUCGAACAUUUCUUGAACCUUCAAUCCGGUAUCAAGUAUGCCCUCGCAAUGGUUCCUUCAAAUGGACCGCUCAGCUCUCGUCUAGUGGCAAUGAUUUUGUUGGAGUGGGAGGCUACAGUCCCACAGCUGAGAAGUGGAUCUUUCAAUAUUGUCGACCCCAAUGAGUGCUCAGCCGAACUGUUUGCCAUCCGAGAACAUAUGUGUUCGAAUUUGCCUCCCUAUAUGGUGCCUACAAGCUGGAUUGUCACAAGCUGUAUUCCAUUUCUUUCAUCGGGCAAACUUGAUCGACGACAAUCUCUCCAGUGGGUUGAAUCGAUGAGCACCGAGGUUUAUCGUCUCAUUUCUGCAGUAGAAGCACAAGAGGAAGAGAUGAAUGGCUCAGAACUAGAGUUGUCUUUGCGGAAAAUCUUGGGGGAAACCCUCAAUUUACCACCGGAGAAAAUUGGGCUUCACAAAUCCUUUCUACACCUCGGUGGAGACAGCAUAACUGCUAUGCAAGUACAUUCGCGAUGCCAAGCAAAAGAUAUAGGCAUAUCUGUCAAGGAUAUACUGCAAAGUAAAUCGAUAAAGGACCUUGCAACUCGUGUCGACACUUUACCACAGACACGUUCAUGUGCCCAGGAGGAAGAGAAUAUAGAAUUUGAACUCUCUCCUAUGCAAAAGCUCUAUUUCAAGUCUGUUGGUAACGAAAAAACCCACUUCAAUCAAAGCACUAUCUUCAGUCUUUCGAAAAGGAUUGAAGUCGAUGUGGUCAGACGUGCUAUUGAUACGAUUGUGAAAACACAUCCAAUUCUUAGAGCACGAUUCAUCCUUCAGAACGACACUUGGCGCCAGAAGAUCAUCUCUCAUGCGUCCAAUACUUAUCGCUUCAAUUGCAAGGAAACCAAAGCCGAGUCUGUUGCAAAGUUGGUUCAGCAGAGCCAGGAAGAACUGGAUGUCCAAAACGGACCAACGUUCUCUGUGAAUCUAUUCGACCUUGGGGACAAACAGGUCCUUUCACUUCUUGCUCAUCAUCUGUGCAUCGACGUGGUGUCGUGGCGAGUUAUCAUCCAGGACCUUGAAGACAUGCUCAUCUCAAACCAGUUUCAGGUGAUGAGUGCACUUUCAUUUCAAACAUGGUGCCGCCUGCAAGCAGAACACACCUCACAGCCUCUAAUAAAGUCCGCCUUUACUCCUGCCAAUGUCCCUGUAGCCGAUUUUGCUUACUGGGGAAUGGAAAAUAAAUCGAAUACGUAUGCAGAUGUUAUUACGAAAUCGUUCGAACUCGACGAAAGAAUGUCGACACUACUCCUCGAAGGUUGCCAUGGCUCUAUGCAUACAGAGCCUGUUGAUGUUUUCCUUGCUGUGGUGUUAUACUCUCUACGUUCCGUUCUGACUGAUCGAUCAGAGACACCAACGGUGUACAAUGAAGGCCAUGGUCGAGAGCCUUGGGCAGGUUCUGGUAUCGAUAUAUCCAGAACAGUUGGGUGGUUUACUACUAUUACGCCCCUAUUUAUGCCUACAACCGUCAACGGCGAAGUUUCAUUGGUUGAAGUAAUCAGAUGGGUUAAGGAGCUUCGCGGACGAUUUGCAGACAAGGGAAGAGAGCACUUUGCUCGCCAGGUCUCUGCAACCACCGAGCAGGAACACCCUUCAAUGGAGGUCGCAUUCAAUUAUCUUGGAAAGUUACAGCAACUUGAAAGAAAGGAUACAAUACUUCAGCCUUUCCAUGAAGUCAACAGCACUGAGUCUGAUAUUGGGCUACAAACAGCCCGAUUUUCACUUCUCGACGUUUCCGUUGGUGUGUCGUUUGGUAAGCUUCAAGUAAGUGUGGGAUACAACAAGCAGAUGAAACACCAAAACCUCUUGCGCAAUUUGGUUGCGAAGUGUCGCUCAUCGCUUGAGGAGGCUGCUAUAUCUCUCUUGAAUCUGGAGCCCCAAAAGACGUUAAGCGAAUUCCCCCUUCUUCCACUGUCAUUUGGUGGCAUUGAGAGAUUGUCCAAGAUACUCCCGCGAUUGAAACUCGAGUCAUUGGAGUCUAUCGAAGACGCAUACCCCUUGUCACCAAUGCAACAAGGAAUAUUGAUUUCACAGCAAAAGAAUCCCGUCCUCUACAACUGCGAGUUCGUCUUCGAAGUCCUCUCUGUUAGAGGUGUGGGGGUCGUUGAUCCAGCUGUCUUUGCAGAGUCUUGGCAAGACGUCGUUGGAAGACAUCAGUCAUUGAGGGUAGUGUUUGUCGAUGGAGUGUGUCAGGAUGGCGAAAUAGGCCAAGUUGUGCUUCGAUCGCAUCGUUCCAGUGUCGUUCAUCUUGUCUCCACGAAUGAUGAAGUGACCAUCCUCGCGAAACAAGCGCCUCAUGAAUACGCGGAACUUGAACCGCCUCACAGAUUGACUAUUUGCAGCACAAGUACCAGCAGAAUAGUGUGCAAGCUCGAGAUAAGCCACGCAAUUUCCGAUGGGAGCUCCUUUUCAAUUCUGUUCAGAGAUCUUUCCGAAAUAUAUCAAAGCAAGGUUUCAAAUGGUAUUCAAACCAGUUUGCAGCCGGCACCCCUGUACAGCGAUUAUAUUGCUCAUAUUUCAAAUACUUCGGAUAAUGGCCUCAAAUACUGGAAAUCAUACCUGGAAGGUAUUCAACCUUGCCAUCUGUCCGCACUGAAUGAUGGUUUCAGCGGACAGAAUCGUCACGAGUGCGAAUACCUAUACAUAGAAAUAUCACCACUACAGACUUUCUGCGCUAAACAGGGUCUUACUUUGUCGAACGUCUUACAGCUUGCUUGGGGAAUGUUGCUUCGAGUAUACACUGGCUCUGAUGAAGUUGUUUUCGGCUAUUUGACCUCCGGUCGAGAUGCCCCUAUUCCCGGUCUUGAGAAUGCGGUAGGGGCCUUUAUCAACACACUUAUCUGUCGUAUCAACUUUUCAGCUACAAAUACUGUAUCUCAGGCACUUGAAAAGAUACAAAAGGAUUUUGGGGACGCAAUGGAGUUCCAAAAUUGCUCACUUGCCGAGAUCCAGCAUGAGUUGUCGCUUUCUGGAAUUUCGUUGUUUAAUACUGCGUUCACUUUUCAGAAGCAAGCUAGUUCUGAUGGUAAAAAAGAUGAUCAGGCCUUGGAAUUUGACAUUAUCGAGGCUAAUGACCCAUCGGAAUACUUGGCAGUGAAUGCCACAGCCACUGAUUCUACACUUGGGGUUGGCUUUCAUUACUGGACAGACACUUUAUCGAAAGAUAUGGCACAAAACAUAGCAAAGACAUUUGAGCACAUUUUAAAUCAGAUAGUGUCUUUAACUAACACAGGCCUUAUUAAAGACCUUGAUAUACUGAGUAGCCAGGAUCGCCAACAGAUAUUGACCUGGAACAGCACAUUGCCUGAGCGAAUUGAGCGACCGAUCCACGAGAUGAUUCUGCAGCAGCAAAAUUUACGACCUGCGGCACAAGCGGUCUGCGCUUAUGAUUGCUCGCUUACCUAUGCUGAGUUGAGUGCAUUGGCGACAAGUCUUGCUUUUGAUCUAGUUGAGGCUGGAGUCGGGCCAGAAAUCUACGUUCCAAUAUCCUUUGAGAAAGGGGUAUGGAGUGUGGUUGGGAUAAUGGCUAUACUGAUGGCCGGCGGGGCGUUUGUUCCACUCGAUGCGUCUCAUCCGAAAACUCGACUGCAACAUAUCAUCAAUGGCGUUUCUGCUAAGCUUGUACUGUGUUCUCCACAAUACCAAAACAAGUUCGCUGGAAUCGUCGAAAGAGUACUACCGGUAGAUGCUACUACUGUGACCAACUAUCACGGUACGGUUGUUUUCAAGCUGCCAAUUGUUUCACCCGAUCAUGCUGCACUGGUCUUCUUCACAUCAGGGACAUCAGGUGUUCCCAAAGGCACAAUUAUCGAGCAUGGAGCAUUUUGCACUAGUGCUGUUAAUCAUGCGAAGGCCCAGCGUAUGAACCAGAAUACAAGAGUCUUCCAUUUUGCAAGCCUUACUUUCGAUGCAGGUAUCCAGGAGAUUCUUACCACUUUAAUUGUGGGAGGACUCAUUUGCAUUCCAUCCGACAACGAACGUAUGAACGACAUCGCAGGAGCAAUGGAGCGAAUGUCAGUUAAUUGGAUGUUCUCAACUCCGUCUCUGGCAAGCACUUUCAUCCCAGAUUCAAUGCCUAGUCUUCGAACCUUGGUUUUGGGAGGAGAAGCUGUUGGACCUGCUGAUUUGUUGAAAUGGAAGGGGAAAUUGGCUGUGAUAAAUGGAUAUGGACCAAGUGAAACGACAAUCUGUGCAACAGCCCGCUUGCUCCUAGGAGAUGACGGCGAAGAAAUUGAGACUAGUCCUAUGAAUAUUGGAAAGGCUGUCACUGGCAGAACCUGGGUAGUGGAUCCCGAUAAUCACCAUAUACUUACCCCUAUAGGAGCCAUUGGAGAGCUUGUUAUUGAAACCAGAGGUUGCGGGAGAGGUUAUCUCAACAAUCCGGUCGCAACAAAACAAGCUUUCAUUGAUUGUCCACCUUGGCUUGAGGCACCUCGAGAACAGUGCUACAAGAGCGGAGAUCUUGUUCGAUAUAACUCCGACGGCUCAUUGAUAUUCAUAUCCCGCAAAGAUUCUCAAGUCAAAAUUAAUGGCCAAAGAGUCGAGAUAUCUGAGAUAGAGUACCAUGUUAAACAACUCGGACCGUUCGCUUAUAUGGAUCUUGUUGUUGACUUGGUCUCACCCGAGGGCGGGACUAGUGCCAUUGCACUCUUCUUCUGCCCCACGAAUACGAUCCUCCCUCAGAUGGCAUCAACAGAUAUUCUAUUGGAGAUGUCCGAUGAUAUUCUAUCACUUUGUAGGACUCUAGAUUCUUCGAUCGCAAGCAAAUUACCGGCAUACAUGAUCCCAUCUGUGUUCCUCCCGCUUAGCCACCUCCCUCUCACUCGCUCUUCACGGAAACUAGAUAGGAGCAAGCUUCGAAAUAUUGUAUCAAGUAUGCCCAGUGAGUUACUGGUAGCUUAUCGACUUGCAAGCGGACAUAACUCCCGAGCCCCAAGUACAGCAAUGGAAAAGAAGUUGCAAUCGCUAUGGGCGAGCGUGCUUCCUGGUGUAUCAGUUACGUCCAUCGGUGCUGCUUCAAGCUUUUUCCGGCUUGGAGGCGAUUCAAUUGCAGCUAUGAAGCUCGCAGUAGCUGCUCGCGAGGAAGGUGUUGGGGUCAGGGUCACUGUGGCAGAUAUAUUCCGUAUGCCAACACUCGCAAAAUUAGCCGCACAUUGUGCUUCUGUAUCUGGGAGCUUGCAGGAACACACCAGGGCCGCGCCUGAGCCAUUCACGUUACUCGGUAACACCCCAAAAAAUGAAUUGCUUGAUGAAGUGGCCAACGAAUGCCGCGUUAACAAGUCUCUCGUGGUUGAUGUCUACCCUUGCAGUCCUCUCCAAGAAGCUCUUAUAACUCUUGCCAUGAAAGAUUCUGGCGCUUACAUUGCGCAUCACACCUUCGAAUUGUCGGUCGAUGUUGAUAUACAAAAGUUCAAAAUCGCUUGCCAGAAGGUUAUCGAGGCAGUGGAUAUUCUGCGCACCCGCGUUGUCCAUAUGAAGUCUUCAAAGUUCAUGCAAGUUGUGCUCAGAACAAAUGACAUGGUGUGGCAGACUGCAGCCAGCAUUUCGGAUGCCAGAGACCACAACAUGAGUAUCCCAGCAUUUAAUGGUGCACCUCUCUCAAGUUACACAAUAGUCAAGCCGGAGAAUGCCACUGUCCAAUAUUUCGUUAUGUCUUUACAUCACAGUUUGUACGAUGGCUGGAGUCUCCCAAUGGUCUUCGGAUUGAUAGAAUCAGCAUACCUUGACAGCCUGGCGAUCUUACCUACUACCCCUUACUCUUCAUUCAUCAGAUACUUGUCUGAAAUCGACCAGGAAGCAUCUGAUAACUUCUGGAAAUCUACCCUUGCGGGAGCAUCUCCCUUACAAUUUCCGCACCAGCUGGUAGAUUCUGAUCGUGUCCGACAAAUUGAGGCCUUCUCUCAUUCAACUAAAAUGCCCGUCAAAGCAAUUAAUCAUGAUACGACGAUGUCAUCUAUUAUUCGUGCCGCUUGGUCCCUGCUUGUGUCAGCUCACUCGGGGUCGGAGGACGUAGUUUUUGGAGAGGUCCUAGCUGGCCGUGAUAGUCCAAUGGAUGGGAUUGAAGAGGUUAUUGCUCCGACUAUUGUAAUUGUUCCCACAAGGAUCAAAAUCGACAAGCAGGCUAAUCUCGCAACUUUCCUCCAAAAUGUCCAGAAAAGAGCAACUGAUGUCAUCCCAUAUCAACACGCUGGCUUACAACGAAUAAAAACCCUCGAUACGGAUACGGCUAUUGCCUGCAACUUCAAUAAUCUUUUGGUCAUUCAACCAACGGACAAGAUAUCAGAACCAGGGCUUUGGAGACCAUAUAGUGAUGGAUUUUUACAAUCCAACUUUUCUACUUACGCACUUAUGCUUGAGUGUCAUGUAGGAAGCAGUGAAAUCAAUAUCACUGCUAUAUACGACAAAGACAUCCUGUCAAGCUGGGCUGUGGAAAGAAUGAUACUUCAAUUGGAUGGCAUCCUUCAGCAACUCAUCUCACCAUCGGUAGGCUUGGAAUCUACCGUUGGAGAUAUCCAAACAUUCAGUAGCCAUGACAUGGAACUAGUCAAGAGCUGGAACAUAAAUCAGCUUGAGGUCACUGAUCACUGUCUUCAUCGUGCGUUCGAACAACAUGCAAUUUCUCAGCCACAUGCCAUUGCCGUGUCUUCAUGGGACGGUGAUAUGACAUAUAGUGAACUUCGGGACCAUGCGAGUCAAUUAGCACAAUAUCUCGUGAGCUUGGGAGUCCGCCAAGAGUCUUUCGUUCCCAUAUGUAUGGAUAGAUCAAAAUGGGUCAUUGUUUCCAUCCUAGGUAUUCUAAUGGCAGGUGCAACCUACGUGCCAUUGGAUCCCAAGUCUCCGUUGUCACGCCAAGAAGGAAUUAUUAAGGAGAUCGAAGCCCAAUUGAUAUUGUGUUCUGCAGAUUAUGGCGAUCAGUUUGAUGGCAUCAAAACUGCUAUCAUUGAUGAGCAAACCAUUAAGAGUAUCAACAAAUUACCCGACAAAUCAACUUCUCUCGCUUCGAGCGAUAGCCCGUGUUAUGUCAUAUUUACUUCAGGGUCCACAGGGAAGCCAAAAGGUGUGGUUCUUGAUCACAAGGCAGCUUCGACCUCUAUUUGGUCGUGGCGAGAGAAAAUAAUGAUUGGUCCUGACACUAGAAUCUUUCAUUUUGCAAGUCUUGCUUUCGACGCGUCCAUCAUGGAGAUCUUUGGUGCUCUUACGUUUGGGGGUAUGUAUUCUCUCAGUUGAUUCUUCAACAGGUUCUUUUGGAAGUAACAAUACUGACUCCUUUUCCACAGCCACUCUGUGUAUACCCUCCGAAGAACAACGAUUGAACUUUAUGAUUGAUUCCAUCAAUCAUUUUAAAGCCACGUGGCUGUUCAUGACCCCUUCAUUGGCGAAUGUCAUUGACCCGGAACGUGUCCCGACUCUGAAGACUCUUGUAUGUGGCGGAGAAGCCAUGACGACAGAAACUGUCCUCAAAUGGGGCCACAAGGUCACACUCAUGAAUGUGUACGGACCAACCGAAAGUUGCAUUCUUGCUACAGUCAACGUGGAUCUUCGAGAUCCUGUUAACAUUGGGAACACAUUCCCAGCCGCCCGAUCGUGGAUCACAGACCCUCAUGAUCAUAAUCGUCUUGCUCCCCUGUCUUCUAUUGGAGAAUUGUGUAUCGAAGGAUCUAUUCUUUCACGAGGUUACCUGAACAAUGCUCAGAAGACUUCUGAGGCUUUUGUCACAGCGAUUUGGCCCGGGUUAGGGUUAGGACGUGUGAUCAUCUAUAAGACUGGGGAUCUCGUCAAGUACGCUCCUGACGGCUCCAUUAUUUUCAUUGGACGAAAAGACCAUCAAGUGAAGAUUCGAGGACAACGAAUUGAGCUUGGUGAAAUCGAACACACGCUUGAUAAAGAUGCCCAUAUACGUCACGGGCUUGUGGUUGUCCCAAAAACGGGAAUAUUACGCAAAAGACUGGUUGCUGUGGUUUCCCUCAAUGAAUUGAUCGACUCUUCGAUUCUUACUCAGACUUGCCAGCUUGUGCAAGGUGGAGAGAGGGCAAGGAUUGCACGGGAAACAACAAAACUGGCUGAGGAAGGAUUGUCAACUGUUUUACCUCCCUACAUGGUUCCCUCGACUUGGUUGGUCCUUGAGGCUAUUCCACUCUCCAUCUCGUCGAAGCUUGAAAGGGCCUUGGUACAGCGUUGGGUGGAGGAAAUCGAACCAGAAACAUACGCCAUCGCUCUCGGAGCGGGAGCUGGAGAUUCCGAAACAAAACCUGUCACCGGUACUAAUAAAUUGUUGCAAGAAGCGGUUGCGCAUGUCCUGAAUCUUCCCAUCCCACGAGUUGUAAUGGAAGACUCCUUUAUGGGAGCAGGAGGCGAUAGUAUAACUGCGAUGGGUGUUAUGGCGCUUUGUCGGAAGAAUUAUGAUUUACAGUGUACUCUUCCUGACAUCCUACGAAGCAAAUCAUUGUUCGAACUUGCUGGAAAACUUGUGUCAGCUGGAAAAGCAGUAUACCAGGAGGAGAAGCUUGACCAAGCUUUCGAUUUAUCACCCAUUCAACAAGCCUACAUCGCAAGUCAGCCCAAUGUGAACAGAAAUUCCGGAACACACUUCAAUCAAAGUUUCUUAUUAGAAAUCACUAGAAGCAUCCCGGCGGCCGAAUUGAAGGGAGCAGUCGAGAUGCUCGUGGUUCAACACUCCAUGCUCAGGUCACGUUUUACCGAAUCUCGCGGCAUUUGGCACCAACGUAUUGUCGAAACCCCUUCCAGUUCUUACCGCUUCUUGGAAGCCAAUCUAAGCGACGAAGCCGAAAUUCCAGCACGCGUCAAUGAUAGUCAAAGCUGUCUCGACAUCAUCAACGGACCACUUUUUGCUGUUGACGUCUUUAAUAUUCCUGAAAGACACAACCAGAUUAUUUUCAUGACCAUCUCCCAUUUUGCUGUAGAUAUGGUCUCAUGGCGGUAAGUCACAUCUUAGUUCUAUAAUAGACACGGUCAUUACUCUGAACACACCUAUAUCAAUGACAUUAUCUCAAAAGCUUCGCAUAAUGAAAAUAAUUAUGCGAGCCAUUUGAAUAAUUGAAACCUUUUACCCCAAAAGCCUCGGACAAUGAAAAUAAUUGUACGAGCCAUUUGGAAUAAUUGGAAUCAGCGUAUUUGCCUUGUAUGAUUUGGGACAAUUAGUUUUAUUGUUCUAGAAAUUCUAGCACAAUAAUUUAUUAACGGGUGUCCAGAAUAAUGGCCAAGUACCCCACACUAUUCUUGUGCAUCUUGAUACUGACUGCAAUCCUCUCAUAGUAUAAUCUUGCAGGAUCUUGAAGAAAUCCUUAUCACUGGAUCCUUGUCCAUGAGUAAGCCUUUGUCUUUCCAAAGCUGGUGUACAAUGCAAUCAAUGCAUGCUCAGAAGCAUUUGGCCAUGGGUAAAUUGCCAUUUCGCAUACCGCCUCCAAACGUCGCCUACUGGCUAGACGAUCAAAUCAGUCACAACACAUACGGUGACACAGAAUGCGAAACUUUUCGGCUGAGUGAGACGGUGACAAGAUCUAUACUGGGAGAUUGCAAUAAACCGCUUCGAACGGAACCGGUGGAUUUGCUUCUUUCUGCUAUCUCUCAGUCUUUCAGCGCUGUCUUUUUCGAUCGAUCGAACCCUGUGAUUCACAAUGAGAGUCAUGGACGCGAGCCAUGGGAUUCUACGAUUGACCUGUCCAGAACCGUGGGAUGGUUUACCACCAUCACCCCGAUAUUUUGUUCUGUUGAUGAGAACAGUGAUAUCGUAGAAACUGUCAAGAGGAUGAAGGAUGCUCGGGGAAAGGUUGACGGAAAUGGGAGACCGUAUUUCUGUUAUCGUUACCUGACCUCCGAAGGCCGUGAAGAAUUCAAGGAACACGAAGGACCAAUGGAAAUUGUAUUCAACUAUCUAGGCCGUAUACAACAACUUGAGCAGAAGGACGCUCUGUUCAGGUCUUACAGGGGUCCAACUGGAGAAUCAAACUCCAAAUUGAUGUCUGAUGUCGGCGAGAAGACUACGCGGAUGGCCCUGUUUGAGAUCUCCGCCAUCGUUAUCCAGGACAAGAUCCAAUUCUCUUUCCUGUUCAAUCGCCAUAUGAAAAAGCAAUCAGCCAUCCGAGAAUGGAUUGCGGAGUGCCGCACUACGCUUGAACAUAUGGUAAAUAGCGUCGCAGUCAUGGGAUCGGAGCCUCAAUUCACCUUGAGUGACUUUCCGCUUCUUCCUAUCUCAUACGAGGGACUGCAAACAAUUUUUGUGGAGAUACUGCCAGCUGCUGGUAUUACUCCGCAAUCAGUCGAAGAUAUAUAUCCCUGCGCACCAAUGCAGGAAGGAAUGUUACUCAGUCAACUUCGAGACCCUGCAGUUUACAAAUUCCAUGCCAUUUUCGAAGUCUCCAAUCCAUCACGCGUGGAUCCUAAACGCUUAGCCAGAGCAUGGAACCAAGUUGUAUCUCGCCACUCGGCCUUGCGCACAAUAUUCGUCGACAGUGUCUACAAAGAGGAUGUUUUCAAUCAGGUAGUCAUCAAACAGGCUGGUGAACAAGGUGUUCUCAUUGCGUGCGGAGAGAAAGAUGCCAUUGAAGUGCUAGAAUCUCCGACUGCUGUCGAACAGCGUGGACAAGUCUCACUUCCGCACAAAUUCACCAUCUGCCAAACCUCAAUGGGCAAGGUUUAUUUUAAGCUAGAGAUGAACCAUGCAAUCAUGGAUGGCGGGUCUUUACCUGUUUUAUUUCACGAUUUGGCAGCAGCUUACAACGGAAAUCUCCCCGAUCGUCCAGCACCUCUAUAUAGCGUAUAUGUCAAGUAUCUUCGAAGCCAAAACCUCGAUGUUGGUGCAAAGUUCUGGAAAAGAUACCUGGAAAACGCUCGGGCUUGCUAUUUUCCAUCACUCAACAACAACAACAAUUCGGCAACCAAGCGACAACUUAAGUUCGUAAACUUGAAAUUUGGGCGCUUUCCGGAGCUUGUGAGGUUGUGUAGUGAGAAAAAGGUCACUCUCGCCAACGUUAUGCAAGCAGCUUGGGCAGUGUGCUUGAGAAGUUGGACAAAAUCAGAUGAUGUCUGCUGGGGCUAUCUUUUGUCCGGUCGUGACAACCUAGCUGUAGAGGGUAUCCAGGAGCUGUUUGGGCCUGUCUUGAACAUGAGUGUGACGAGAAUGAAAUUCAGCAAUGCAAGUACUUUCGAAGAGGUAAUCGAAGGUGUACAGAGCGAUUAUCUGGAGAGUUUGGGGCAUCAACAUUUUUCUCUUGCGAAAAUCCAGCAUGACUUGGGCCUUGGAAGGGACAGUCUUUUCAAUACUGCCGUCUCUAUACAAGUACAAGGAGUAGUCGCACCAGCCGCUACUGAAUCGAGUUCAAUUUCUUUUACAGCUGUAAACGCUGUUGAUCCGAAUGAGGUAAGUUGGCUUGCUAACAUUUCGAUAAGAAUGAUGCUAACAUGUUGUAGUAUGCAAUCACUCUUAACAUUGGCAUUGCCCAGAAUGAAGAAGGUGCUGCACUGAGAUACUGGUCUGAUAUUCUCUCAAGUGACCAGGCUAACAUUCUGGUGGGUGCUUUGGCCAAAGUGCUAGACAGCAUCGUCAGCAAUCCAAAACAAUCAGUGGCAGAUAUCAUACUACUGAAAGAGCCUCAACAACCUGUACCCACGGAUCAAAGAUCUCCGGUACAAGAAGCGCAAAUCCGGAUGAUUAUCAAAGAGUGCGUGACAGAAAUCCUUGGGCAGAUGUUCAACUCCAACAACGCCCACAACAUCCCUGAUAUCACAAGCCUUGUCAAUCGACAAAUCGCGGAAACAGCAGCUGCCUCAAGCCUUCCUCGAUCAAUGGCUGACUUUUCAUUUGACAAUCAGACCGAGAGGGCGUCUAAGAAAAGAUCAAUCUCAAUCGCUGCUUCAACGCCAGCAAGUCCGAUAGCACAGAAACUGCUCACCCUGUGGAGCGAAUAUCUCCAAAUUCCCGAAACAUCGAUCAAAAGUACAGAUUCGUUUUUCACACUCGGAGCAGACUCGAUCGUUGCGAUGCAAUUAGUUGGCAGUGCUAGGGAUGUUGGCCUCUCACUGAGCGUCGCCAACAUCUUUCGAUGUCCGGUAUUUGAAGAGAUGGUCAAGGUCACUCGGAUGAUCAAUUCAUCCACAGAUAAAGCACCCAGGCUCAACGAAAGAAGGGAUGGCAGCCACAGAAGGAAAUCUAGCAUGCUUUAUCAAAACUUCUCUCUCCUAGAGCAAACAGAUGUUGACUCAUUUCUUCAAGAAAAUGUGUGCCCCCAGAUCAAGCUCUUCCGAGGUGGCAUCAUCGAUGUCCUUCCCGCGACAGAUUUCCAAGCUCUAUCGGUUACUGGGAGUUUACUUGAAUCCAGGUGGUUGUUGAACUACUUCUUCCUUGAAGGGAGUGGAACAGUGGAUCUCAAGCGGUUAAGACAAAGUAUCAAUCAAGUCGUCGAUGCCUUCGAUAUUCUACGCACUGUUUUCGUUCCUUACAACAGCCGAUUCUUCCAAGUUGUCCUUCGAAAUCUCAAUCCGGUAUUUAAUGUUGAGGUGACAGAUAAUCUUGAGGCGUUUACCUCUGAGCUUCAACAAAGAGAUCGGGUCUCAGGCCCUAAACUUGGAGAAUCUUACCUCCGAUUUACAGUCGCAAAACUCAGGAACUCGGAUAACCAUCGUAUCAUUAUACGGCUCUCUCAUGCUCAAUAUGACGGUGUGUGUUUACCUCGAAUUGUAGACGCAUUGAGAUCAGCAUACCAUGGCGAAGUGAUCCCUCAAACUCCCUCGUUCUCUUCUUAUGUUCGAUCUGCGGUAGGCAAAACUACUAGCGAACACUAUGAGUACUGGAAAGGACUACUGGAAGGGUCAAAGAUGACGGAAUUGGUCCACCGAAGAGGGCCAAAUUACAGUCGAGGGCCCGAACCACCAACGAUGCUAAGAAGAAUCGUCAAAGCAGCCUCGCUGUCUCACGAAGGUAUAACGGCUGCCACAAUCGUCAAAGCAGCAUGGUCCCUAACUCUCGCUGAGCUGUCUGCAAGCUCCGAUGUCAUAUUUGGAAACGUCAUUAGCGGCAGGAAUGGCUCCAUAUCCGGGAUUGAGAACAUCGUGGGCCCCUGUGUCAAUACCAAUCCAGUAAGGGCCAUAUUCCAAGCCGGCUGGACAGCUCUGGAUCUGUUGAAACAUCUCCAAGGCCAACAAACCUCAAACAUGGCCUACGAAUCUCUCGGAUUUCGUGAGAUCAUCAAGCAUUGCACUUCGUGGGAGAACUGGACGAAUUUCAGCACAACUUGUCAGCAUCAAAAUAUCCAGCUUACCCCCUCGCUCUCACUUGGAAACAACAAGUACUCAUUUGGAGGAGUUGGCUCCCAAGAUGACUUUGCAGAUUUCUCUAUUCUGUCAAUUCCUCACGGGACAGAAGAGAUGGAGAUAAUGCUCACGUUCGCCCUCCCAAACAUUCACAUGACCAAAUCAACCACAGAAGAUAUCUUCAAUACUCUCUGCGAGAAAACCACUCUGUUCUCGCAGAAUCCAAGUACUAUCCUGCCCGACCCCUCCGAACUCAAUAGACUCCCUCGAAACCUGCCAGAAGAUCCUUCAGCCCUCUCAGCUCGUCGCAUGUCUCGCUCCCUCGAUACCCUGAAUCGUAAACAUCUCCUCCUCUACUCUGAAAUGCUUACGCGCGGAUGGCGGCAAAUUCUUGGUGAAGAGAAGAGUAUCGACUCCGAGAGUUCUUUCUUUGAGUUGGGAGGUGAUAUUAUGGGUCUCGCGCAGUUAGCGGGAUUCUUGGAGGGAGAGGGAUUCAAGAUCAAGUUGGAGGACUUGGUCAAUCAUUCAGUGUUGAUGGAGCAGUUAUGGCUCUUGGCCAGGGACAGUGAUGGAGAGGUUGAGAGGAUCGUGGAGAGUGAAGUUGCUAAUAGUGCAAGCGGUGAAGAGCAAAAGAAAGUGAAGGGUGGGAUGUGGAAGUCCAUUAAGAAAAUUGCUAAUGUGAAGGGGAGGAAGCAAGGAGUUGUUUCUUAAGUCGCUGUUGUUCGAAGUUUCUCAUUUAUAUACUUUUCCUUUGUUUCUUGGGAGUUUUCAUUUGCGUUCCUGAUUAUAUCAGUAAUCAUUAUGAUUGCUGUUAUCCUGCCUCCCGGUGGACAAGAAAAUUGGCAGAGACCUCUUUUAUCUUGUCCUAACUUAACCAAAAACUAUUAUAUUAUAUUAUUUAUUUAUAACAAUUAAAGUAAUUUAUCGAAAACGAUAGCACAA